AUGUCCAGCGUCCCAGAAAAUGCAGCUGAAAAUGGUCACAUAGAGAUUGUUAAGCUGUUCAAAGAGUGGGGGGCGACAGACUUUGAUUUGCCGAUUGCACUUGCAGCUAAAAAUGGUCACAUCAAAGAAUGGGGUGCGACAGACUUUAAUUGGGCCAUGGGACUUGCAGCUGAAAAUGGUCACAUUAAGAUUGUUAAGCUGUGCAAAGAGUGGGGUGCGACAGACUUUAAUUGGGCUCUACGAAAUGCAGCUGAAAAUGGUCACAUCGAGAUUGUUAAGCUGUGCAAAGAGUGGGGUGCGACAAACUUUAAUUGGGCCAUGGGACUUGCAGCUGAAAAUGGUCACAUCGAGAUUGUUAAGCUGUGCAAAGAGUGGGGUGCGACGAACUUUAAUUGGGCUCUACGAAAUGCAGCUCUCAAUGGUCACAUCGAGAUUGUUAAGCUGUGCAAAGAGUGGGGUGCGACGAACUUUAAUUUGGCUCUAGAAAUUGCAGCUCUCAAUGGUCACAUCGAGAUUGUUAAGCUGUGCAAAGAGUGGGGUGCGACGAACUUUAAUUGGGCUCUACGAAAUGCAGCUCUCAAUGGUCACAUCGAGAUUGUUGUAUUGCUGCGUGGUUUUGAUGUCAUUCAUGAUGAAUUGCCGCGACAUCAUCACAAGCGUAAUUUUUAUGCAAAAAUAUGGAAUGAGGUAAUGCCAGUGGCGUGGCAUCCGGAUCGAUAUUGGAAUUGGUGUUUAGAUGAGGAAGAAAAGCGCGAGAUAUCUAAAUUAUGGAAGUAAUGUCCAGUAUUUUGA